CACUUGUGGAUGACGCUGCAGAGCCAGUCUGGCGUGACACUAGGACUGGUCGCGCAGAUGCAGAUGGGCCUCAUGGGCGAGCAGGAGUGGGCGAAGGGCACCGCAGCGAUCAUCACCGGCUGUGUGGUCAUCAACCAGCUGGUCGGGCCCACGCUCUGCCGCCAUGGCAUCAGGAGUGCUGGAGAGUCGAGGGCGGAGGAGGACGAGCUGCCCGACCCAGGGGUCGACCUGGACUUGCGACCUGCCCUCGAGAGGCAGACGAGCACGGUCUCCAGGCGCAGGGUAUCCAGUCGCUUCAAGUCAGACGGGUCCUCGCUGGGGGAGGAAGCGAAGGCGAGGAGGGCCCGCACGGCGUCCGCGUUGACGACCAUGGACGGCCCCGAGGUCUCCAGGACGCGGAACGCCAUGUCCACGCGCAUCCCCGAGGACGUGUGGGAGGAGGAGGGCGCCUCCCCGUCCAAGUUCGACGACAAGCAGACAGGCCAGUACCUGUGCUGCGACUACGUGGAUGGGCAGGAGCACGAGCCGGAGGGCAUGCUGUGA